CAGUCCUUUGUAGAAUGCAGAAGGUGGAUCACGCUCCCAUCUCUCGCAACAGAAGCCUGAGUGCUGUGGAAUGACUUUCGCCACCCCGCCCCAGAGUGAUCGAGGAGGGAGGCUAUUCCAGCAGCAGCAGAAGCAGAAGCAGUCACAGCAGCUUCAGCGGCUGCGACGGCACCCACAGCGGCGGCGUUACGCGACGCAGAGCGUUGGAGAGAGACAGAGAGCGAGCGAGCGAGCGAGAGAGAGAGGGAGCGCUGUCCGUCUGUCUGGCUCUGUGGGUGUGAGCGAGCGUGAGUUCCGAUGCACCGCGCUGAGCGUGGCAUCGCGGCGCGGCAGGCUGCGCGUUCCCAUCGGUUCCCCCCCAGCGCUCCUCAAGGCCAAGGCGGGGGAUGAAGCAGCAGCACCAGUGAGGAAGCCCCCCCCCCCGCCCCCCCAGCUGGUGGCAUCGCACGCGAGCGGCUUGAGCGGCAGCACCGGCAGAAUGGCGGGCGAGCUGGAGACUUAACCGCUGACGCCAGCGUGACGGAUGAGAGCCCGCGCGUGGCUUCCCGCCCCAGGAGCCAUGUGAGAGUGUCUCGGGCCACCAGCAACUCCUUGGACAUGUUUCCCAGGUCGGCGUCUGGAUUCCUCCCCGCCUUUGAACUUGUUUUGUUUCUCCUGGUGCUCUCCGGAUGUCCCGAAGCCACCUACCCGGCUCGGACCAAAGGGAGAUGGAACAAGGGAGGAUCCCGUCUGCGCCAGGAGGACUCGCCGCCCCGGAUCGCGGAGCACCCCUCUGACCUGAUCGUGUCCAAGGGCGAGCCGGCCACCCUCAACUGUAAGGCGGAGGGCCGGCCCACGCCCAGCGUGGAGUGGUACAAGGAUGGCGAGCGGGUGGAGACGGACAAGGACGACCCGCGCUCGCACCGCAUGCUGUUGCCCAGCGGCUCGCUCUUCUUCCUGCGCAUCGUGCACGGGCGGCGGAGCAAACCCGAUGAGGGCGCCUACGUCUGCGUGGCCCGCAACUACCUGGGCGAGGCCGUCAGCCGCAACGCCUCGCUGGAAGUCGCAUUGCUGCGCGACGACUUCCGGCAGAACCCGACCGACGUGGUGGUGGCGGCGGGCGAGCCGGCCAUCUUGGAGUGCGUUCCUCCCCGAGGUCACCCGGAGCCCACCAUCUACUGGAAGAAGGACAAAGUGCGCAUCGAGGACAAAGACGACAGAGUCACGAUCCGCGGAGGGAAGCUGAUGAUCUCCAACACGAAGAAAAGCGACGCCGGCAUGUACAUUUGUGUGGGCACAAACAUGGUGGGAGAACGGGACAGCGAGACGGCACAAGUCACCGUGUUUGAGCGACCGACCUUCCUCCGCCGGCCCAUCAACCAGGUGGUGCUGGAGGAUGAGACGGUGGAGUUCCGCUGCCAGGUGACCGGAGACCCCCAGCCCAACGUUCGCUGGCGGAAGGAUGACGUGGACGUCCCUCGUGGGAGGUACGAAAUCAAGUACGACAAGGACGACUACGUGCUGAGGGUGAAGAGGGCGUCGGUGAACGACGAAGGCACCUUCAGCUGCGUGGCGGAAAACCGCGUGGGCAAGCUGGAGGCCUCCGCCACCCUCGUCGUCCGAGAUGGCCGCGUCGCCGCCCCGCAAUUUGUCAUCCGUCCGAGGGACCAGAUCGUGGCCCAGGGACGCACCGCCACCUUUCCGUGCGAGACCAAAGGCAACCCUCAACCUGCGGUAUUUUGGCAGAAGGAAGGAAGUCAGAAUUUGCUGUUCCCCAACCAGCCGCAGCAGCCCAACGGCCGCUUCUCGGUCUCGCCCGGCGGCGCCCUCACCAUCGCUUCGGUGCAACGGGCCGAUGCCGGCUACUACAUCUGCCAGGCGCUGACCGUCGCCGGCAGUAUCCUGGCCAAGGCGCAGCUGGAAGUCACCGACGUCCUGUCGGACAGACCGCCGCCCAUCAUCCGCCAGGGGCCCUCCAACCAGACGUUGGGCGUGGACGGCGUGGCCCUGCUCAAGUGCCAGGCGUCGGGGGACCCCAUCCCUUCGGUCAGCUGGCUCAAGGACGGCGUUAGUCUGCUGGGGAAAGACCCCCGCAUGUCCCUGCAGGAAUUAGGCAGCCUGCAGAUCACCAACGUCAAGCUGUCUGACUCGGGGAUCUACACGUGCGUGGCCACCAGCUCCAGCGGAGAGACUUCAUGGAGCGCUUUUCUUGAGGUCAAAGAAGCUGGCGGCGCAACGCUCCCAAAGAACCACGACGACGCCGACCUCCCAGGCCCGCCCUCCAAGCCGCAGGUGACCGACGUCACCAAGAGCAGCGUGUCUCUGUCCUGGCAGGCCGGCUUGGCCGGCGCCUCGCCCGUCGGCUCCUUUGUCAUCGAGGCCUUCAGCCAGUCGGUGAGCAACAGCUGGCAAACGGUGGCCGAUCACGUGCGGACCACCCAGUUCACCGUCAAGGGUCUACGGCCCAACACCAUCUACCUGUUCAUGGUCCGAGCAGUCAACGGCCAGGGCGUGAGCGACCCGAGUCCCAUGUCGGAACCUGUCAGAACACAAGACAUCAGUCCUCCGGCUCAGGGCGUGGACCACCGGCACGUGCAGAAAGAGCUGGGCGAGGUCAUCGUUCGCUUGCACAACCCUGUGGUGUUGAGUCCCACGGCCAUCCAGGUCACGUGGACGCUGGAUCGCCAGUCGCAAUUCAUCCAAGGCUACAGAGUUCUAUACAGGCAAACGUCAGGGCUGCCCUCGCCGGGACACUGGCAGACGCAGGACGUGAAGGUGCCAUCGGAGCGUACCGCCGUCCUGUCGUCUCUGAAGAAGGGCAUCGUGUAUGAGAUCAAGGCGCGGCCUUACUUCAACGACUUCCAAGGCAUGGACAGCGAAUCCAAGACGGCGCGGACCACCGAGGAAGCUCCCAGCGCGCCCCCUCAGCAGGUUACCGUCCUCACCGUUGGAAACCAGAACAGCACUUCGAUCAGCAUCUCCUGGGACCCCCCUCCACCGGACCAUCAGAACGGUAUCGUCCAAGAGUACAAGAUCUGGUGCCUCGGGAACGAGACGCGCUUCCACGUCAACAAGACGGUGGACGCCGCCAUUCGCUCGGUGGUGGUGGGCGGGCUGCAGGUGGGCGUGUUGUACCACGUGGAAGUGGCCGCCAGCACCGGCGCCGGGGUGGGAGUCAGGAGCGAACCCCAGUCCAUUAUUAUUGGCAAGGCCUUCCAGGACGUGAUCAUCCACGGCAACCGCAACAACAGCAUCACGGAGCAGAUCACCGACGUGGUCAAGCAGCCCGCCUUCAUCGCCGGAAUCGGGGGCGCCUGCUGGGUCAUCCUCAUGGGCUUCAGCAUCUGGCUCUACUGGCGCAGGAAGAAGAGGAAGGGCCUGAGCAACUACGCAGUGACAUUCCAGAGAGUCGACGGUGGCCUGAUGAGCAAUGGGAGCCGGCCAGGCUUACUGAACGGCAGCGACCCGGCGUACCCCUGGUUGGCCGACUCCUGGCCCGCCUCCACGCCACGGGAAACGGACGGAUGGCCGGUCACCGAGCGGCUCCCAUGUUCUUGGAUUUGCCUUCUUGCAGACAUCCCCGGCAACCAGGGGGACAAGACGGGCACCAUGCUGUCGGACGGCGCCAUCUACAGCAGCAUCGAUUUCACCACCAAAGCCAACUACGGCAGCCCGGGCCAAGCGUCGCAGGCCACGCCUUACGCCACCACUCAGAUCCUGCACUCGGGCAGCAUCCACGAGCUGGCCGUGGAGCUGCCCGAAGCCCAGUGGAAGGCCUCGCUACAGGCCAAGCAGGAGAUGGCCAACUUGGGCUACUCGCUGCCCGACAAGAACUCCUGCAACAACAGUGGCAAAGGAGGAAAGAAGAAGAAGACCAAGGCCGGUUCCAAAGCCCCGAAAGCCACCGGCUCCACCUGGGCCAAUGUUCCCUUACCCCCUCCCCCGAUCCACCCGCUUCCGGGCACCGACAUGGACCACUACCCCAACGAGCACCAUGAUGCAGGAGGAUACGAGGGCGACGGCUGGGGUCCGCCGAUGCCGGUGCAGACGUACCUCCACCAGGGCAUGGAGGACGAGCUGGAGGAAGAGGAGGAGCGGGUGCCCACCCCGCCCGUCCGCGGGGUGGCCUCCUCCCCGGCCGCCGUCUCCUUCGGCCAGCAGUCGACGGCCACCCUCACCCCGUCGCCUCGGGACGAGAUGCAGCCCAUGCUGCAGGCCCAUCUGGACGAGCUGACGCGAGCCUACCAAAUGGACGUGGCCAAGCAGACAUGGCACGUGCAGGUGGGGUCCCUUCCCCCACAGGCCCCGGCGCCUCCGGUAGGCUACGUGUCAAGCACGAUGGUGUCCGACCUGGAGACGGACCUGGCGGACGAGGACGACGAGGAAGAUGACGACGAGGAAGACGAAGGCUACGGGGCCAGGCAUCCCCGAGGAAUCGAGCACACGCCGGGUUCCAGCAUGGACAACCUGGACAGCUCUUUGACAGGCUCCAUGGCCAACGGCUGGGGCUCGGCCUCGGAGGACGAGCGCAAUUUCUCCAGCCGGCGCUCCAGCGUGGCCAGCUCGUCGGACGGCUCCAUCUUUACCCACUGCAGCUUUGCGCAGGCCCUGGUGGCCGCCGCCGACAAGGCGGGCUACCGGCUGGACGGCACCAGCCUCAGCAAGCGCGGCCGCUGUAAAAGAGACAAAGGCUUGCCUCACAGGCAGCGGCCCGGCAGCCCGUUCUCCACAGAUGGCAGCACGGUGGGAACGCACAGCCUGGGCCACCAGAGGGCCGCCAGGCCGCCGCGCAAACCCCGCAACCAGGGCUCAGCACCCCACCGCAGAGAUGCCGCUGCGGACGACCUACCUCCCCCUCCCGAGCCCCCGCCCGGCCAGGGCCAGGCCCGAGCCCAGACGGGCCGCUGCAUCAACAGCAUGAUCCCGCCUCCGGAGAGGAAGGCCACGUCGCUGGAGCGCCCGCCCAUGUCGGGACCGCUGUCCGGAACGGCGGACGACAGGCAGAUGGCGCGCGCCACCCUGGAGCAUCACCGCCAGGCUCAAGAGCGACUGGGCUCCGACGACGGCCGGCGAAUUCACAAAAAUGAGGAGGGCUGCCUGCCGUACCACCGACCGUCCUUCCCGUCGCCGGGCGGCCACAGCUCGUCGGGCACGGCCUCCUCCAAGGGCUCGACGGGGCCCCGCAAGCCGGACGGCCCGCGCCAGCCGCAGCAGUGGACGGCCAUGGAGCACGCCGACUUCCUGGGCGCCAACGGACAAGGGCAGUACUCAGGAGAGUUAUAGUGUUUCACCUGGAUGAGAUCUUCAAAAAAAA